CGGCCACCGCAACUGCCCACCCACGAUCGCACCCAACAGCCCCCACCUCCCUCGCUUUUAAAUCUCCCUCUCGGCUUCCAUCCAUCUCCUUUCGAAGCCAUCGCUCCUUGGAAGCUCGAAUCGAGGUUUGAGAGCUCUUGAAAUAUCGUUCUCCAAAUCGAUCCAAGAAGGAGGAGGAGAUGGCGAGAAAGAAGAUCCGGGAAUACGACUCUAAGCGGCUCCUCAAGGAGCAUCUCAAGCGGAUCGUCGGCAUCGACCUCCAGAUCUGCUCUGCCCAGGUCACGGAAUCUACGGACUUUACUGAGUUAGUGAAAAACGAGCCGUGGCUUUCAUCCACGAAACUGGUUGUGAAGCCCGACAUGCUAUUUGGGAAGCGAGGCAAGAGUGGUUUGGUGGCUCUGGACUUGGAUAUGGCACAGGUGGCUCAGUUUGUGAAGGAACGCCUUGGAGUUGAGGUUGAAAUGGGUGGGUGCAAGGCCCCGAUCACCACAUUUAUAAUUGAGCCAUUUGUUCCCCAUGACCAAGAGUACUAUCUCUCGUUUGUCUCUGAGAGGCUUGGUUGCACCAUCAGCUUUUCAGAAUGUGGUGGAAUUGAAGUUGAAGAGAACUGGGACAAAGUUAAGACUAUCUAUCUUCCUGCUGAGAAUCCUAUGACGUCUGACGCAUGUGCUCCACUUAUUGCAACCCUUCCCCUGGAGGUACGAGGGAAAAUAGAUGACUUCAUAAAAGGGGUUUUUGCUGUUUUCCAAGACUUGGACUUCACUUUUCUUGAGAUGAACCCAUUUAGUUUGGUAAAUGGGGAGCCAUACCCCUUGGAUAUGCGGGGAGAGUUGGAUGACACUGCUGCAUUCAAGAACUUCAAGAAGUGGGGCAAUAUAGAAUUUCCACUUCCUUUUGGCAGAGUCCUGAGCCCUACAGAAAGCUUUAUUCACAAACUUGAUGAGAAGACUAGUGCCUCCCUGAAGUUUACUGUUUUAAAUCCCAAAGGACGCAUAUGGACCAUGGUGGCUGGUGGUGGCGCUAGUGUCAUAUAUGCUGAUACUGUUGGUGACUUGGGUUAUGCAUCUGAGCUCGGAAACUAUGCAGAGUACAGUGGUGCCCCUAAUGAGGAUGAGGUCCUGCAGUAUGCUAGAGUGAUUCUUGAUUCUGCGACUGCUGAUCCGGAUGGCCGAAAGAGGGCCCUUCUCAUUGGAGGGGGUAUAGCUAACUUCACUGAUGUUGCUGCUACUUUUGGUGGCAUUAUCCGUGCCCUGAGGGAGAAGGAAUCCAAGCUAAAGGCUGCAAGGAUGCACAUUUAUGUCCGAAGAGGUGGCCCUAAUUAUCAAAGAGGUCUGGCCAAAAUGCGGGCUCUGGGUGAGGAGUUGGGCAUUCCCUUUGAGUUGCGACUUCUCCCAACUAUUCCAGUUGCAUGGUGGAGAACUUUCAAGGUUUCUAAUGGAUACUUACAUGAAAAUGACGCAUGAUGAUUUAUUGUAGGUGUAUGGGCCAGAGGCAACGAUGACUGGAAUUUGCAAGCAAGCUAUUGAUUGCGUCAUGUCUACCGCAUAAUUUUGAUUUCAUUACUCCUUUUGUUUUUCUCCAUAUAUUUUUGGUCAAGCAAAAAUUAGAAUUCAGUGAUUCCUCCACGGUGAAUGAUAAAAAGAAAAUAUUUUUAUAGAGAAUAAAUGAGUCAAUCGAGACCAUCAUUUGGUUGCCUUCUCAAAUUUCUGUAGUGCAACUUGCAACUUGUGCUAAGUGAACGUAGUUUUGUUCUCAUAGAAAAUUUCUAUUUCAGCUUGAAUUUCCAGUGAUUUUGAGCUUGAUGUGU